GGCGACUUGUAAAACGAUUCAAUAGUAAUGUAUUCGUGUUUCUUUAAUGGCCGGUGAAGUAGAAGACAUCGUCGUACAUGGGAAUGCUCUCUCCUCCUCCGUUCAGCAACCUCUGCUCACCACUAGCAGAGUCCUAGGAAAGUCAUCAAGAACAGAAACAAGUGGCUGUCCUGUCGUCCAUACAAGAAUUAGAACAGGAAUUCUGUAGAUAAAGGAAUCGACUCGAAGCUCUUUCUUGCAACCCCGUGCAGCCCGAAGCCCCUGUUUGAUGGCCGCUAUGAACAGCAUCACCGCCCACGGCCCCAAGCUCCGGUCUUUCAUCAGACCCGCAAUCAAAGAACCCACCGGGAGGUUCAGUUCUUCAUUUAGACAAUCGUCGUCGACCAAAUCGACAAGGAAUUGGGCCGUGGCGUCGGUCACGGAGGACAGCAAAGUUGUCUCCGUGGGGAAGAGCUACCCGAAGGACGACGAGAAGCCUGCAUCAGGGAACGGAUCGGAUGAUUUCAAGAACCCAAAAUUUGACGGGAAAGGAGAGAGUGAUGAGUUUGAGAAGUUAGUUAGCAGAGGAAUCAAUGCGACCAUAGUUCUGGGAAUGGGGACUCUUGCUGUCACCAAGUUGCUCAGCAUUGAUCAUGAUUACUGGCAUGGAUGGACCAUUUAUGAGAUUCUAAGAUACGCACCAGAACACAACUGGAUUGCCUACGAGGAAGCUCUUAAAACUAAUCCCGUGCUAGCAAAAAUGAUGAUAAGUGGGGUGGUCUAUGCAAUAGGAGAUUGGAUUGCGCAGUGUUAUGAAGGGAAGCCGCUCUUUGAGUUUGACCGAGCACGCAUGUUCAGAUCAGGUCUUGUUGGGUUUACUCUUCAUGGGUCCCUCUCUCAUUAUUACUACCAAUUAUGCGAGGCUCUUUUUCCAUUUCAAGAUUGGUGGGUUGUCCCUGCAAAGGUUGCCUUUGAUCAGACAGUGUGGGCGGCAGUUUGGAACAGCAUCUAUUUUGUGGUCUUGGGGUUCUUGCGUUUCGAAUCUCCAUCAAACAUCUUUGAGGAGCUCAGAGCAACCUUUUGGCCGAUGCUGACAGCUGGGUGGAAGCUUUGGCCAUUUGCUCACCUGAUCACCUAUGGUGUGAUCCCCGUCGAACAGAGGCUUCUCUGGGUUGAUUGUGUGGAACUUAUCUGGGUCACAAUACUUUCAACCUACUCCAAUGAGAAAUCGGAAGCAAGAAUCUCAGAUGCAUCAGAAGGAGGCCCUGGUUCUCAAUAAAGUAGCUCUCCUAAGGAAUAAGUUGGUUGGACGAACGUUUUGGAGAAAGUUUAUAGACCCGUGGUACCACUUCAAGAGAUAAAACUGACCUUACAUGUGUGCCUACGGUCAUGGACCGACCUACCGAGACCGGCCAGAAACCUUCCUCUCGAAAAUUGUGUAUGAAUACCUUAGUCGUAGUCUGAGAUCUUGCUCAACGAUGAUGUUUCAGGUUUGUUCUGAUCUAAGGUUAUAAUUACACGAGGCAUGCAAUAGGAAUCAUUUAGCUAUAUGGUGCACAGGUUGUACGCUCUUAUAUCGAUGAACUUUUGGUCUGAAGUAUGCGAUUCAUUCCAUGAAUCCUCAAUAAUGUGAAGCCUCACUUCCCGAUUUGCCUUCGUAUAUAUACCUGGAGUUUUGUCUAUUUGAGAGAAUUAUUACAUAAUAUUUGCACCUCUGGCUGGGUGCUUUGCGAAUCCA